CCUAUUAUCGUUCGCGAGUCGAAUUAAAAAUUAGUCGAAUAGGCCGAUUUCAUAUUAUUGUUCGCGGUUCGCCUGCUGCUCGCCCGUGACAUUCGCGUCUUAGGUCGAACGUUCAAAUUUUGAAAUUACGAAAUACCAUUCGACUAAACAACGUUCGCCUCAGCUUUCAAAAGCUGGCGAAGGAAAUUUGUGCGUGAUAAUAAAUAAAAUAAAAUCUAAAAAUAUAAAAAAUAUGUUACAAAUUGAAAAUAAAAGCAUGAAGAAAACGAAUGCGCGGCAAUUUGAAAAAAUGGUGCAAAUGAUGCGGGAGCAUCCAGAUGUAGCUCGAGGACUUGGUGCUUUCGGGUCCAAUAAAAAGGAUACAGCAGAGCUGUGGAAACAGCUAUCAGUUCAAUUGAAUGCACUUGGUCCACCAGUGCGUGAUGGAAGAGGCUGGAAUAAGGUAUGGCUCGACUAUAAGUUAAAGCUGAAAAGAAAAAUAGCACUGAACAGAAGUGAGAGCAUCGCUACUGGCGGUGGACCUUAUCGCCAGCUGACAUUAUCACCUCUCGAGCAGGAGGUUGACUCUCUUCUAGGCUUAGAAAGAGCAGCGAAUCCUGAAGGCGUAAGUCAUGGUGCCAGCAACAGUAUCAGUGCUCCACUUGCUUCAGAAAACUGUAUUGAAGAGGAAAAUCUUCAAAGCGAGGUUGAAGCUACCCCUCGCAGGAGAGUGCGUUCGUCGGUAGUAAAUGCGGAUGUAAGGGAAAACGAACGAAUUGAGAUGCUGAAGCAGCAGACGCUUAAUCAGGAGAAGUUACUAAAAGUGGUAAGAGGCCUGGGUGAAAAAAUGCACGACAUUGGAAGAUAUGCGCGGAAAACUUUUGAAAUUUCGAAACAAAAAGAAGCUCGUGAGGAGAGGGAACACUUCGAACGGAUCCAGCUGCAAAAGCAAAAACUCGAGCUAAAGCUCCGGGAGCUUGAGUUGAAAGAAUUAAAGUAUAAAAAGCAUUUAUAAAAAAAUUGUACUUAAAUUAUAUCGUCACCUAAAAUACCAAAAGACGUAAAAAACAUCGUCACUGAAAUGGAAAAAGAUGUGACUAAUAAUUUUUUUGCAUAAUUCGAUGUGGGGAGUUA